AUGGCAGUUCGGGCAUCGCCGGAGCCACGCCGCUCGCUGUCCAUCACAGAGCCUCCCCAUCAUGUGGAGUUCAGCAACGACACCGGUGUCAUGCUGAGCUGUGCCACCCGGGGAGAUUACCAGCUGGACUGGUUGCUCAUGGAUGGCACGCCGGUGACGCCGGUGGCGGGCCUGCGGCGAGUGCUGGCCAACGGCUCGCUCGAGCUGCCUCCGUUCCCCUCCGAUCGGUACCGGAGGGACGUGCACUCAACCACGUACAGGUGCCGCGUCGGCCUCGCUGGAGGUUUCGCUGUGCUGUCAAAGAACAUUCAUUUACACGCUGCACUGAACAUACCAUGGGAGGUGCACGUGCCAGAUGAAUACGUGAUGGCCGGCAACGCAGCGGUGUUGCGGUGUGUGGUGCCGGCCCACUGCCUCGACCGCGUCGGCGAAACCGACUGGUUCACCGACGAUGACGUCAGCGUGCUGCGGUACUUGGGUACAAAAUACCAGCAGCUGGACGACGGGUCGCUGUACAUCAGCGCGGUGAGCCCGCUAGACCGGUACAAAUACCAGCAGCUCGACGACGGGUCACUGUACAUCAGUGCGGUGAGCCCGUUGGACCGGUACAGCACGUUCCGGUGCCGCGUCCGGGACCGGAUCACCGGGGUGCUCCACUCCAGCCAGUACUUUGGUAAGAGAUGCUGUUUCUACAUCAGGUACAAAUACCAGCAGCUGGACGACGGGUCGCUGUACAUCAGCGCAGUGAGCCCGCUGGACCGGUACAGCGCGUUCCGGUGCCGCGUCCGGGACCGGAUCACCGGGGUGCUUCACUCCAGCCAGUACUUUGGUCACCUAAUAGUGACAGAGCCCAAAGGCGGCGUCCGGCCCCGAGUAGCCGUCGAAUCCAGGACCCGGCGGGUCCAAGCCGGGCACGACAUCAAACUGCCGUGUGCGGCGCACGCGUGGCCAGUGCCCAGUUACAGGUGGUUUCGUGACCACCACGAGCAGCUGGUGGCCAUAGAGAAGACGUCUCUGUGGGAGCGAGCGCGGCUCCUCGGCGGUGGUCUCCUCAGUAUCCAGGCGGUCAGGCGGGAAGACGCCGGCCGCCUCGUGUGCUGGCUCAAGAACACCGCGGGUGGAGAGUCCGUACACUUCACAGUGAUUGUCACAGAACCAAUAUCCGUCCGAAUUAAACCCGAGAUAUUAAGAACAAAAGAAAACUCUGACAUAAACUUCGAGUGCAAAGUGUCAGGACACCCGAUAGAAAUUAUUUACUGGGUGCACGACGCCAGCGUGGUCAAGUCCAGUGAGAGAGUCAAGUUGUCAGAGGACGGCCUAAGAUUACAUAUCAGGAACGCGCAGAAGGAUGACCAAGGCAUCUAUCAGUGCUUCGCGAGUAACUCCAGGGAUCAGGCAUAUGGAUUGUCUGAAUUUGUCAUAAAUGAAUCAAAACCCGAAUUGGUGUAUUGGUUUUCGGAACAAACCCUCCAACCAGGCCCCAGCGUGUCUCUGAAGUGUGUGGCCAUGGGACACCCGCCUCCGCAGUUCACUUGGCUACUUGAUGGAUUUCCAAUACCUACUAAUUCUAGGUUCGUAGUAGGCCAGCACGUAACUCUACAAGACGACGUGGUCAGCCAUCUUAACAUCAGUCGGGUGACAGAACAAGAUGGCGGCGAAUACGCCUGUGUUGCCAGCAACACUGCAGGCAAGGCGUUGCAUGCGGCGCGUGUCAACGUAUACGGCUUGCCGUAUAUACGGGAGAUGCCGAAGGUCACAGCAGUAGCGGGUAGUGACUUGAAUAUCAAGUGCCCCGUCGCUGGAUACCCGAUUGAAUCCAUUUCUUGGGAAAGGGAUGGUCAAACGUUGCCGUUGAACAGAAGACAGAAGGUAUUCCCCAAUGGGACCCUGAUAGUGGAGCAAACACAGCGCGGGGAAGACGCCGGGACCUACACCUGUCAGGCGGCCAACAGGCAGCGGCAUGCAGCCAGACGAGACGUAGAAGUACAGAUACUGGUUCAACCGAAGAUCCUGCCUAUUCAACCGCUCACGAAUUUUCUGAGGGAAGGGAUGAGGGCGGCGAUUUCUUGUCAAAUAUUGGAGGGGGAUUUGCCUAUUGCGUUUCGGUGGGAAAAGAAUGGGCAGCCGGUGACGUCAUCGCCGUAUGCGCCGAGUGGGAUCAUCACGAGACGGAUGGACGAGUACAGUGCUUCGUUGGUGAUAGAGCACAUCACGUCGCUGCAUAGUGGGAACUACACGUGCAUUGCUUCGAAUGUCGCUGGCUCAGAGCGGUUCACUGUACCACUGACCGUCAAUGUUCCACCGAGGUGGCGCUUGGAGCCGAACGACGUGGCCGUAGCGGCUGGCCAGGACGUCACACUGCAAUGCCAAGCGGACGGAUACCCAAAGCCUAGUAUUACAUGGAAAAAGGCCGUAGGCAACACUCCCGGGGAAUACAAGGACUUCAUGUUCGAAGGCAGCUCCCGAGUGCUGGAAAACGGCUCGCUGGUGUUCGAGCGAGUGGCCAAGGACAGCGAAGGCCACUACCUCUGUGAAGCCCGGAAUGACAUUGGGGCUGGACUCAGCAAGCUCAUCUUCCUGAAAGUUAACGCACCAGCAAGGUUUCCAAUGAAGAGCAAAACGGUGCAGGUCACAGUAGGGCAGGCAGCCCACCUCCAGUGCGCAGCGUCUGGUGACGCGCCUUUGGAAGUGUCCUGGCGCACUGCCCAUCAUCAUACCAUCGCACACCAUUUGGACACGCGGUACACGAUUCGAGAACAAGUCCUCGACGAUGGACUGGUUUCUGAACUAACCAUCCUACAGACCUAUCGACAAGACACUGGUGCUUUGACCUGCCGUACGUCUAAUACUUACGGACAAGACGAAAUGCUCAUACACCUGGUAGUACAAGAGGUUCCUGAAAUGCCAAAGAAUAUAAGGAUAAUAGACCAGCAAUCGAGGUCUAUCCAAAUAUCAUGGACUCAACCGUACGCUGGGAACAGCCCUAUCAUCAACUAUAUCGUACAAUAUAAAGAAGCUCCAGAGUCAUGGCCAACAACCCCACAAAAAGUGAUAGUUCCUGGUAGCGUGACGUCUGCUAGCGUUCAAAAUCUACAACCUGCGACUUCCUACCACUUACGAAUCAUUGCCGAAAACAGACUGGGACAGAGCGAACCAAGCCAACUCAUCCAAGUGACUACCACUGAAGAAGUACCAAGUGGUCCUCCAUUGGACGUCAGAGUGGAAGCGAAGAGUUCAACCGAACUGAUCGUCAGCUGGGAACCACCACAACGUGAUCUUUGGAACGGAAACAUUCUGGGAUAUUACGUUGGAUUUCAAGAGCUGAACAGCAACAGUACAAUCCUAAGCGCGAGCGGCCCGGGCGGCGCCUCAUACACCGUGAGGACAGUAGAAGGGGCAGGCACGGCUAGAGCCAGGACUACACUAUCGGGAUUGCAGAAGCACGCUGCCUACGCUAUUGUAGUCCAGGCCUAUAAUAGCAGAGGCGCUGGACCUGCGUCCCCUCCCACCACUGCCACUACUAUGGAAGAUGUACCGAGUCUACCACCAGGGUCUCUCCAGUGUACAGCAGUGAGCUCUCAAUCUGUGCGUGUAUCCUGGGAACCACCGCCAAUGCGCGGGCGCAACGGCGUACUUCAAGGAUACAGGGUCACGUAUGCUCCUGUCACUGACUGGUAUGGAAACGAAGACGCAGUGACCAAGCAAAUAUCGGGUCUGCACACCACGCUGUCAGGGCUGCGUCGCUACACAAACUACUCUGUGACAGUCUGCGCCUUUACCGCAGCGGGGGAUGGAGUCAGGGCUGCCCCGGUCUACUGCCACACUGAAGAAGAUGUUCCCUCGGCGCCAGCAGACAUAAAAGCAGUGGUGUCCUCCCGAAACAAGAUCCUGGUUUCGUGGCUGCCUCCCGCCGCACCUAACGGAGUGCUGGUUGGAUACACGCUGUAUAUGAGCGUCAUUGAAGACGGCAGAGAAGAGGGCACCCACAAACGCAUGCUGUCGCCCAGUACGCUGUCCCACGAGACGUCGCGGUCGCCUCCGAGGGCGACGCACCAGUUCUGGGUCUCAGCGUCUACGAGGCUUGGCGAGGGAGAGACUACCAGGGUCGUUACUGUGCUACCCUCGGAUUCUGUUCCCGCGCGAAUAACAUCGUUCAGCCGCAGUAUCGUCACCCCUUGGAAGGAGAACAUCUCCCUGUCCUGUAACAAAGUUGGCGUACCCACGCCUUCUACCAUUUGGAGUAUGAAUGGCGCUACUUUGGAAUCCACACUGAGGAAGAAUGUUAGCAACGAUGGGACUCUUGUUAUUAGUAUGACCCAAUACGCCGACAGUGGCAACUACACCUGUUCAGUAGAGAACAUUCACGGAAGAGACGAAGUCACCUACAGUGUAGAAGUGAAGGUUCCUCCUCAGCCACCGGUCCUAGCAGUGGUAGACUCAUAUGCAGACUCCCUGCAUUUACAGUGGAGCGACCAGGGCGAUGGGGGCAGUCCUAUUCUUGGAUACGUAAUAAAUUACAAACGCGAACACGGUGACUGGGAAGAAUUGCAAGUGGAAGCGGGCACUUCGGAGCACGUGUUGCCGAACCUUUGGUGCGGGACUCGCUACCAACUGUACAUUACCGCCUUCAAUAGGAUUGGGACUGGACUGCCGUGUGAUAUCGUCCAUGCAUACACUAAAGGCACAGUUCCAGUGAAACCCAAACAUUCCCAAAUGAUAACACUAAACACAACGACGGUAACCGUGUGGUUGGACUCAUGGGGAGACGGCGGCUGCGGCAUUCUUUACUUCGUCAUCGAGUACAGGGAGAUCAGUCAAUCGCAGUGGCGUCUAGUAUCGAACAGCGUGCAGGCCACGGAACGCGUCUUCAGCGUGCCCGGCCUGACGCCCGCCGCGCACUACCAGCUGCGCAUCACGGCGCACAACAACGCGGGCCACGCCGUGGCCUUGUACAACUUCACCACGCACUCCCUCAGCGGCAACUCACAGCGAGUGUCACGUGACCGCCUGACGCCCGCCGCGCACUACCAGCUGCGCAUCACGGCGCACAACAACGCGGGCCACGCCGUGGCCUUGUACAACUUCACCACGCACUCCCUCAGCGGCAACUCACAGCGAGUGUCACGUGACCGCCUGACGCCCGCCGCGCACUACCAGCUGCGCAUCACGGCGCACAACAACGCGGGCCACGCCGUGGCCUUGUACAACUUCACCACGCACUCCCUCAGCGGCAACUCACAGCGAGUGUCACGUGACCGCCUGACGCCCGCCGCGCACUACCAGCUGCGCAUCACGGCGCACAACAACGCGGGCCACGCCGUGGCCUUGUACAACUUCACCACGCACUCCCUCAGCGGCAACUCACAGCGAGUGUCACGUGACCGCCUGACGCCCGCCGCGCACUACCAGCUGCGCAUCACGGCGCACAACAACGCGGGCCACGCCGUGGCCUUGUACAACUUCACCACGCACUCCCUCAGCGGCAACUCACAGCGAGUGUCACGUGACCGCCUGACGCCCGCCGCGCACUACCAGCUGCGCAUCACGGCGCACAACAACGCGGGCCACGCCGUGGCCUUUGUCACAGACUCACAGCGAGUGUCACGUGACCGCCUGACGCCCGCCGCGCACUACCAGCUGCGCAUCACGGCGCACAACAACGCGGGCCACGCCGUGGCCUUGUACAACUUCACCACGCACUCCCUCAGCGGCAGUGAGUGUCCGACACUAGUGUCGCAGCGGCCGCAGCGAGCGUCACGUGACCGCCUGACGCCCGCCGCGCACUACCAGCUGCGCAUCACGGCGCACAACAACGCGGGCCACGCCGUGGCCUUGUACAACUUCACCACGCACUCCCUCAGCGGCAACUCACAGCGAGUGUCACGUGACCGCCUGACGCCCGCCGCGCACUACCAGCUGCGCAUCACGGCGCACAACAACGCGGGCCACGCCGUGGCCUUGUACAACUUCACCACGCACUCCCUCAGCGGCAACUCACAGCGAGUGUCACGUGACCGCCUGACGCCCGCCGCGCACUACCAGCUGCGCAUCACGGCGCACAACAACGCGGGCCACGCCGUGGCCUUGUACAACUUCACCACGCACUCCCUCAGCGGCAUGCUAGACGGCGAGCUAUCACCGCCGGUGCCGGCGGCCGGGGCGCGGUCGCUGAGCGGCGCGCGCGUCAUAUUACCGGCCGCGCUGUCGCUGCUAGUGCUGGGCGCGCUCAUCGCCAUCGUGUUGCUGGUGCGCCGGAAUAAAUCGGGUGGCACAGAGACAGCAGCGGCAGAGAGUGGCGUAGGCGAGUCGCCGUCGGUAGCACAACUACAGAACAAGGUCAACCGCGACCAGCAGUACUUAGCGGCGCGCGCACAGCACCCGCCGCCGCCGCACCACUACAAGCACGCCACACAGCUGCAGAACAAGGUCAACCGCGACCAGCAGUACUUAGCGCCGCCGCAUCACUACAAGCACGCCAGUAACGAAUACAUAGAAGACAUCUGCCCCUACGCCACGUUCCAACUAACCAAGCCGACGGCCUACAGCGAGAGCAGCUACAGCGGCAACGUGUACAGCGGGCCUUACCACUCCGUGCGGGGCUCCUUCGUCUACCACGACUUGAAGCAGAACGACAAGUAUAAGGGCAAAGAGCCAGAAUACACGAAAGUUAGAAGAAAAGGGAAUAGACUCCGCGAUCCUCACUCUGAGAGCCAAGAGUCGGACAACUUGGGCUCGACGGACUCGGAGGUGAAGAAGAUACUAACGCUGCACCUGCCCAUUACAGAGUACGAGGACGACGCGAGCGACGACGCCAGCGCGCCGCAUUCCGACAGCGAGCCGGCGGCCAGGCUGCGGCCUACACACCCUCCUACUUCGAGUGACGACGCCAGCGCGCCGCAUUCCGACAGCGAGCCGGCGGCCAGGCUGCGGCCUACUCAUCCUCCUACUUACCCGAGCGUAGAGCGCGAGGAAUCUUCCUCUUCAUCAGAGAACUCCGUAGGAGGUGUGGUCCGAAAGGCCUUCCCUUCCCGAAAGGGGAAGGCAGGCGUCGGGAAGCGACACGUGAGAUCCUCUAGUGGCUACAGCAGCCACAACGACGAGACUACCUUCAGCAUAUCCAACUACCCGUCGUUCAACGAGCGCAUCCACCCGCCGUCGCGCUUCUCUGACGACACUGAGUGCGACGCGCCUGCGCGCCGCAAGCGCCACCACCACCACGCCGAGCACAAGCCGCGUGAGGCCUUCCAGAUCAAUGUCUGA